ACCCCGAUGACGACGAUGAAGGAAAGUAGAGAUCGCGGAUUCCUUUUACAAAUCGCAACCGUCAACUCGAAGACAGCGAAAGAAGGGCAGAGAGCAUCAGCCAUGGCAGCUCGCAAGAGAGGAGCUUCAAAACAACCACCGCCACCCACCGAAUCACAUCCCAAAACCUCGGAAUCCGCCGCUACUUCUACAGACCCACAGAUCACCCCUUCAAAACCAAGCAAAAUCAUCUUCUUCUCUUCGAUUUUCUUCCUUCCUUACCUUUACCUGAUAUUUUAUCACUAUAGAAUCGAAACAGAGCUGAAGAAAUCGAUCCUUAUCAAUGCAUCACUCAGCUUCGCCGGGUUCUUUAUAACCCUAAUGAUGAUCCCAGUGGCUUCCAGAUAUGUUCUCAAACGUAAUUUAUUUGGUUACGACAUUAACAAGAAGGGUACGCCUCAAGGUCUGGUCAAAGUGCCUGAAUCCCUUGGUAUUGCUGUGGGCAUCGUUUUCUUGGUGGUGGCGAUAUUAUUUCAGUAUUUCAAUUUCACAUCAGAUUCAAAUUGGCUUGUUGAGUAUAACGCAGCUUUAGCAUCUAUCUGCUUCAUGAUUUUGCUUGGGUUUGUGGAUGAUGUUCUUGAUAUUCCUUGGAGAGUGAAACUACUAUUACCAUCAAUUGCUGCUCUCCCUUUGCUGAUGGCCUAUGCUGGACAUACAACCAUCAUGAUACCAAAACCCCUUGUCCAAUAUAUUGGAACAGAAAUCUUGGAUCUAGGAUGGAUCUAUAAGCUAUAUAUGGGACUUUUGGCUGUCUUUUGUACAAACUCAAUCAACAUCCAUGCUGGUAUAAAUGGUCUUGAAGUUGGACAGACUGUUGUUAUAGCAUUUGCUAUUUUAAUCCACAAUAUUAUGCAAAUCGGAGCAUCUUCCAAUCCUGAAACCAAACAGGCCCAUGCAUUCUCCAUAUACCUUGUUCAACCUUUGCUUGCAACUUCACUGGCAUUGCUUUCUUACAACUGGUAUCCAUCUUCUGUUUUUGUUGGUGACACCUAUACAUACUUUGCUGGAAUGACAAUGGCAGUUGUUGGCAUUUUAGGCCAUUAUAGUGAAACACUCCUAAUAUUCUUCCUUCCUCAAAUUAUAAACUUUCUGUUAUCACUUCCUCAGCUGGCAGGCAUUAUCCCUUGUCCACGUCAUCGUCUGCCAAGAUUUGACCCUGGGACAGGAUUGCUGACUGGGACAAAAGAUGGGACACUUGUGAAUGUGUCAUUGAGAAUAUUUGGCAGGAGAUCUGAAAAGUCACUAUGCAUCCUCCUACUUAUUCUCCAGGGUGUGGGUUGUUGCUUCUGUUUUUUUCUGAGGUGGAUCCUUACUGGUUGGUAUAAAUGAUGCUUUUAGCAACUUAGAAUAUGACUUUUUUUUUUUUUUUUGAAAAAGAGGUGUUGUAUCAUUUUGAUAGUUAUUUUAUACUAUUAGAUUUGGUAUUUUGCUACAUUCAUAGGGAAUCCCCAAACAGUGCUUGAUCAAAUUCAAAAUUUCAAACAAAAUGUGUUCUUAAUCUCAUGCUUGUAACCUUUUGCCCUAA